CGGUAGAGCCGGACGCAAAGCACCUAGAGCCCAUUUCCAGUGAGAAAAACGGGGGUCUCCGAGCUCAGGCAGGCGAAUUGACUGAAAUGUCAGUCUUGCCGCAGGAUGUUGUCCCCAGAUGUGGAAACUGAUACGACUGCGGAGGACACGGCGCCCAGCAGCUCAAACGGCGGUGAAGACACACCGGCCAGUCUCGACACGUUGGAGGAGCAAAGGCCAGUGAAGCAGUCCUUGAGUGCAUCUAUGUGCCGUGAGACACACUGGCGCUGUCUCCUCUUGUCUCUGCUUAUGUACAGCUGCCUGGGCGCUGUGGCCUGGUGCCAGCUCACUCGUGUCACUAAGCUGAGCUUUGACUCCUCCAGCACCUCCUUGAUCUCCAUCAACCCUCUGAGAGACGGAGGAGGCCGCUCCAUGGUCUAUCAUGACAGCCCCUGCUCCAACGGCCAUGUCUACAUCCCCCUCGCCUUCCUAAUCAUGCUCUAUGCGGUCUACCUAAUGGAGUGUUGGCACUGCCGUGCCCGCAGCGAGCUCCAGUACAAGGCCAAUGUGGACAGCGUCUAUGAAAGAGUGCUGCGCAUGCGCCAGGCUCGGCCAUGUGUUUGGUGGAAAGCCAUCAGCUACCAUUUUGUACGACGGACUCGGCAGGUCACACGCUACCGGAAUGGAGAUGCCUACACCACAACGCAGGUCUACCAUGAGCGUGUCAACACACAUGUGGCGGAAGGUGAGUUUGACUACAGCCGUUGCGGAAUGAAGGAUGUCUCGCGGGACUUGCGUGGUUUGGAGAGUCACCCAGCUACAAGGUUACGCUUCACAAAGUGCUUUAGCUUUGCAGGAGCAGGACCUGAGAAUGCAUACCUUAACCAACGCGCCAGAUUCUUCUCAGAGAUUGAGGGCCUGGAUGACUACAUGGAGGCACGGGAGGGCAUGCAGCUGAAGAACACUGACUUUAAAGAGCAUCUUAUAGCCUAUGUGGAUCCUGACAGGUUACCCUGGUACGCAUCACAGGUUGCCUUCUGGCUGGCUGCUCUCCUCAUGCUGUCAUGGCCCCUUCGGGUUUUUAUAGAGUAUCGCACAGCCUAUGUGCACUACCAGGUGGAGAAGCUCUUUGGGCUGGAGUACACUAACAGCAGCCCAUCUCCAGAAGAUGUCGCCCCUACAGGAAAUGGCCGGUCUGGAAUCCCUAGAGGAGACACGGUGGACAGCACAGAGCUGGAAUGGCACAUUCGUUCAAACCGCCAACUAAUCCCAAGCUACUCUGAAGCCAUGCUGAUGAACUUGGGAAACUCUGUGUCAAGCCAGGGUGACAGCAGGGCUUCCAACUGCCUCUUGCUGGUUGACCACCCAAACCAGAACUAUGGCACCUUGGUUCAAGACUGCGAGCACUGCUGCCAGCUUGAAGGAGGUAGACGAGCCACCAUCACCUCCAGCUGCUCCUCAAUCUUUUCCCGCCACACUUCUCACUCACAACUGUCUUUGAACACCUCCCGUUUCUCACUGUGCCGAAUGUAUGGUUCCAGGCACACAGUGGGGCUGUGGAGAAGCCGCAGCAGUACACUGACUGAGCACUGCUGUCCAGAUGAACAAUGCUGCAGGUCAUACUCCAGCCAGCUGGCCCUCAACGACAGCCCACCUAACUACCAGGAUGCCCGCUUCUUUCCUGUUCUCAUUGUGCACAGGUCUGAGGGCUGUGGGGACUCUUCAGAAGUCAGGAGAUACUAUGUCCGGAGGGGGUCCUGCUGUCUGGAAACUUCCCUUUAGAACUGCAUGCAUUGUGACUUAAAUAAAAAAAAGAUGUUGGUCUAAAAGAAAGCAUUAUGACCUUUACAGAUCUACAUAGGAAUCAAUGAAGAUUCUGAAGGAUCAAAUUGAAGCAGUGCACUUUCAAGAACUUUGUGUUGCUUUAAUAUCCAAUAUAAGUGAGAAGUGAAAACACAGCAAAGAAAAGCCUCUGUGGUUGGCUAAUUAACUUUUUUUCAUAAGUUCUCUCCUGUGCACUUAAGCAACUUUUAAGUUGUCCCUCUGUGUUGAAUGUGGUUUAACACCAAGGGCUUGAUUUUCUGAUAUAAAAACCCUUCAAAUACCUUUGAACAAUGCAUGUAUACCAAAUCUUGAUUGUAUCACAGAAUAGGUAAAUGCUUGGAAUAAAGCUUGAGAGUAGAUGGUAAAGAAAUGUAUUCAUACACUUAAGCAUAGCUUAGGGAGCUCUACUGCUGAGAUUCAAAUAACAAGCAUGUGAAACCUAUAAAAAAGGUGAAAAGAAACAUGACUGAAAAAAUGUAGGGGUCUGUCUUCUGUACAUAUGUAUUGAAAGUAGGGAAUUGUUUGAAUGAAAUACAUGAAGCUGAUUUUUCUAGAUAGUUUGACUGGAUAAAUCUGUGAUUCACAUUUUCACACAAAAAGCAAUUUCAGUUCAAAUGUUUUGCAAUGUCCUGCAGCAAAGUUUCACGCCUACACUUUCUUUGUGUCACUGCACUGAAUAAAUAGUCGUCAGGGCAGAAUUAUUAUGUAUUACAUAUUGAUUUGCACCAGCAAUAAACAAUUGGAAAAA